AUGUCCAUGAUGAUCACCAGCGAAGAAAGCCGACGACAAUAUCUCUACACGUAUGGCGGUGCGCUUCGAGGGAUACGGGCUCGCAUAAGCAGGGAGAACGAUUCCACUAACUCUGCUCUUUCCCUAGCAAGAAUGAUGCAGAGUAGAGGUCCUUCGGCCUUUUGCGAUGGCAUUACCCACCUUUUGUUUGUUGGAUUUCGACCGCUCAUAGUUUUGGAGGCGCUGAUGAAGCGCAGAAGAACUUUCUUAGCUGCAGAUGAAUGGCGGGCAAUACCCUUUUCAACGCAAAGUCCAUCGCCGAUGCAAGUGCUGCUUGGGCAAGCCUCCACCAUACCAUUGCUUCUCGAAGAGGCAGACAAGGCGGACAUGGAUGUACAGGUCAUUCGAAAGUCAUUCGCGUCCGCGCUCGAUACGCUAAAAGCCUGGGAAGACGAUUUCCUGAGCCGUGACGAUACAGUUUACUGGCCAGUUCCGUCUGCUCAUCUGAAGUCAUCGGUCGAUCCACAGUUGCUACCGGAUACUUGUUUUGAGUUCCUUGAUGUGUCUCAUGCAAACUCACUAUCUCAUUGCUGGGCCUUCCAAAUUGUCUGCUUGCUGCAACUUGAUGCAUUCGAAGAACAAAUGUGCGAAGUCCAGAGCAAAGAAACACAAGAACUAGAUCACAAUCGGAAAGCUGGGAUCUUGGGGCUUUGCACACAGAUUUGUCAAGGGUUGCCAUAUCUCCUACAACCAGAAAUGAGUCUGUACGGACCUCUUUCCGCGACUUUUCCUCUACGCAUGGUCUCGGAAAGCCUCAAGAGCAUGCCAGAGAGGGGCCUUGAUCAGUCCAAAUGGUGCAACGCGAUACAAGAUCGACUCAUUUCCAAGGGUAUCAUGCCUAUGUGA